AUGGCCAUGGACGAAACCCAACCUUUGCUAAGAAGUACCAUCCAGGCCCAGCAAGGCCCGGACAAGGCCGCUCACCCAACAGACAUUGUCGAUUUCGACCCCAACGGCGACCCGGAAAAUCCCAGAGAUUGGCCGACUGCCUACAAAUGGGGGAUUGUGGCUUUACUGGCUUUCAUGGCCUUCACAGUGACUUUCACAUGCAUAUCUGUCGUGCCGGUUGCAAACCGGAUCGUGUACGACCUCGACGGCACAAACAGCAAGUCGGCCAGCGUCCUCCUGGUGACGAUAUGGGAGUUUGGCGAGGCAUUCGGGCCCCUCGUGCUCGCGCCGCUGUCUGAGUCGCUUGGGAGAUACCCAGUCUUCAACGUCGCCAACGUCCUCUUCAUCUCCGCCACGGUGCUGGCGGCGUUGUGCCAAAGCACGCCGCUCUUCAUCGCCGCGCGGGCACUGACCGGUGUCGCGGUCGCUUCGAACGUGCUCAACCCGGCCAUCGUGGGCGACAUGUUCGUGUCGGAACAGCGCGGCUCGGCCAUGAGUUUCAUCAUGCUGGCGCCCCUGUUGGGAGGCGCCAUCGGCCCUGCCAUUGCCGGCGCCAUUGCCGAGACGUUGGGCUGGCGCCAGGUCCUCUGGGUGGGCGUUGCCUUGGCCAGCGCGUGCGAAGUCGCAUUCCUCACGUGUUUCCGCGAGACGUACAAAGUCGCCAUCCUCAACCGGAGAGUCGCCCGGCUGAGGAAAGAGACGGGCAAUCUCGCGUUGCGCACGGCGGUCGACGUGGACGACGCCGAAGCGGACGUGAAGCGAACCACCAAGCUGUGGGACUCGGUCUUGCGGCCCUUUGUCGUCUUCUUCGACUCGGGCGUGCUGCAGGCCAUGUCCUUAUUUGGAUCUUUGGUCUUCACCUAUUUCUACGUCAUGUCGACGACGCUGCCGGAUAUCUUGGAGGGGAUUUACGGUCUUUCACCCGCAUUGACUGGAUUCACGUUCAUCAGUUUCAGUGUCGGAUCCGUCAUCAGCGUCAUCAUCUGCAACCUCUUCCUCGACCGAAUCUACAUCCGACUGCGCGACGCCGCCGCCGCCAAGAAGGGCUUCUCGUCGUCAUCAUCCGAAGGACAACCAGAGUACCGGCUCCCGCUCGCCAUCAUCGGCGGCUUCACGCUCCCCUUCAUGGUCGCCCUGUACGGCUGGGCGGCCGAACUCCGCCUCCCGCUGCCCGUCCUGAUCCUCGUCCUCGUGCUGCUCGGAAACGCGUUGAUGCUGGGCUUCAUCCCGCUCAUGGCCUACGUGGUCGACGCGUUCAAGCUGUAUUCCGCCAGCGCCAUGACCGCGCUGAUUGUCACGAGGUGCCUGAUGGGCACGUUUUUGCCGCUUGGCGUCGAGCCGCUCGUCAAGGCCAUGGGAUACGGUUGGGGUUUCAGCAUCUUGUGUGCGCUGAGUCUUCUGACCGCGCCGAUCCCCGUCUUCAUCUACCGUUAUGGUGCAAAGUGGAGGAGAAUGUGUCCCUAUACGGAACCGGAGAACUAA